AUGCCAAGAGCUCAUAGAGUGAACGAGCAUUUUCCAGAUGACGAAUCCUCCGCAACAGAUCAAGGGCUUUUUCAUUUACCUUCGUUACCUCCUUGGAAGACACCAAAACUUAAAGGUCCUCACCAUUCUUCGAGCAAGCACCACUAUGCUACCCCAUUGAAAGGUUCAGCUUCACUACUCGUUUAUCACUCACAUGAAGGCAAUGAAUCUCAAGAAGACGUUGGAGAUUCUGGUCUUACCGAUGGAAUACUGAACAUAAAGGGCCUUAAGGACCACAACGAUCUCGAUUACGACUACAAACCGUUAUUACGAAAACAUUUAAUAGCAGAAAGCAAGUUACGUGAUCUCUUACAGUCUGAAAGGGCUGCUCAUUGUCUCAUAUUCCACAAGAAAGGCCAUGCCGGUGACAUGACUACUUACAGGCCGGACCUCGAAUGGGAAUGCUCAGACUACGAAGAUGAGCCAGAUAUUGACGACAAUGGAUCGGUAUUGCAGGGUAUACCAGGAUGCAGCAAAGAGGAUGUGAACUACUUAAUAAACAAGAAUUUCAUGUCGCAGAGACCAAAUGUACGAAAAUAUGAUGAGAUUCUUAGUAGGAAGGUCAAUGGUCUCAAAAGAUUCUGGGGAUACUCAGAUCUUACCAGCACUUUGAGCAGGAAACAUAUCCACGAACAAUUCCGCCAUCUCACUGAUGAAAUGUUCAUCAUCGCUGCAACGAAGAUCGAUCUCAAGAAUCUACAUAAGGAGGCUCCCAAAGUUGGAGGAAGCUCGACACCAAGCCCAACUCCGGAAGGUCUCAAUACGUAG